AGAGAUAAAGACACGAAAGAAAAGCUGAAUUAAUUAAAUAAAAGGAGAGAGAGAGAAGAAGAAGAAGAAAAUAAAAAAGAAGUGUGGGGAUUCUAGAGAGAGAAAGGACACAAAAGGACCCAAAAAACAAGUAUUUAAAGCCACCACCAGGCCACUCGUACCACUGCAAUGAUAUGAUAUGAUGAACUACUCACCACCUAAGUAGAAGAAGAAGAAUCAGCUUAAAAGCUCCCUGACCCUAACCUCAACUUUUUCUGACUAUUAAUAUUUUUUUCUUUUCAAAUUUUUUCUCGGCUACCCAGUACAGCUUUUGAUCAUAUAUGAGCUGGGUUCUAUCUAGUUUCUCAAAUUUCGAAGCCUAACGAGCCUUUUAGCUUUGUUGCUUACAACACACGUUAUUUAAGCUGUUUCGCGGCCUUGAAAAAGCUGCGAUUUAACAGUGAACACUCAUUUGCUCUCUCUUUCUCAAGUCUCAAUCAUUCCCUCUCUAUAAAAUCACCAUCGUUUCGUUCCUUUCGGCACAAUCACACUGGUGGGCUUUCACCUUUCUGUGUGCUACUACUUUCAGAGAAGAAAGUUCUUCCUCCUCCAUUGUAUUCCUCUUUCUUUUCUUGUUAAAAAAAAUGGACGGAGAAGAGAGUAAAGUUUCAUUAGUGGUGAGAAACUAUGACCAAAAAACAGACAUUUGGGGAGUGGAAGAUGUUGAGAGGCGAUGUGAGGUUGGACCUAGCGGCGAGCUCUCUCUCUUCACUGACCUUUUGGGUGACCCAAUUUGCCGAGUCCGAAACUCACCUGCUUACCGUAUGCUGGUAGCUGAGUCGAUAAUUGGGGAAGAGAAAGAGAUAGUAGGAAUGAUCAGGGGAUGCAUCAAAACUGUUACUUGUGGGAAAAAGCUUUCCAGAAAUGGCAAAAACAAUAACGAAGCUACUCCUAAACCUGUCCCUGUUUAUACCAAGGUCGCUUAUAUACUUGGCCUCCGGGUUUCUCCUCUCCAUAGGAGGAUGGGUAUUGGGUUGAAACUGGUUCGUGAUAUGGAAGAGUGGUUCAGAGAAAAUGGUGCUGAAUAUUCUUACUUAGCAACCGAUAACGACAACCAAGCUUCCGUUAAUCUCUUUACCGACAAAUGUGGAUACUCAAAGUUCCGUACACCAUCAAUACUCGUCAACCCGGUUUUCGCUCACCGGGUUCGGGUCUCCUCACGGGUCACCGUGAUCAAGCUAUCGCCUUCCGACGCCGAGUUCCUCUACCGGAAGCGUUACGCCACCACUGAGUUCUUCCCGCGCGACAUCGACUCGGUCCUCAACAACAAGCUCACGCUGGGGACGUUUCUAGCAGUUCCACGUGGCACUUACACGACAGAGACGUGGCCCGGGUCGAACCGGUUCUUGUCGAUCCCGCCCGAGUCGUGGGCGUUGCUCAGCGUGUGGAACGCCAAGGACGUGUUCACGCUUGAAGUCCGUGGCGUGUCGCGAGUGAAGCGCACGCUUGCGAAGACGACUCGGGUCCUGGAUCGGGCUCUGCCCUGGCUCCAACUCCCUUCGGUGCCCGAGGUGUUCAAGCCGUUUGGGUUGCAUUUCUUGUACGGAUUGGUAGGCGAUGGCCCACGCGCGGUUAAGUUCGUGAAAGCGCUCUGCGGUCACGCGCACAAUUUGGCGAAGGAGCGUGGGUGUGGUGUAGUGGCGACGGAGGUUUCGAGCCACGAACCGCUUAGGUUAGGUAUUCCGCACUGGAAGAGGCUAUCGUGCGCCGAGGAUUUGUGGUGCAUUAAGAGACUUGGGGAAGAUUAUAGUGACGGGUCUGUCGGUGACUGGACCAAAUCACCUCCUGGCUUGUCCAUUUUUGUUGACCCCAGAGAGAUCUAAUUUCGUAAAGAAUCCAAAUUAGGUUCAAAACAUCAUCAUGGGCUAAUAUCUUAAUUUUUUUUUUUUAGAAAAAAAGAAAAGAAAAAGAAAAAGUCUUUUUUUUUUUUUCUGAUUUUGUAACCUUUUAUUUUUCGAUGAUAUUCUCGUAGGAUAAGCGAUUUUGAUAGGGGUGGGAAAAGAGUUUCCUAUUCACAAAGAUAUGGGUCUUUUCUUUUGUUGUAAAAGAGAAUAUCACCAUUGUUUUUUGUUUAUUUAUUUUUAAUGUCAUUGAUACCAGUCAUGUAAAUGAAUGUGACAUUUUUAGAUCCUCCUUGAGCCAAACACAGCCUUAAUUUAAUGUGGGGUUGGAUUUAUCUUUUUGUUA